AUGAACGAUGAGUAUGCUGACGCUGAGCGAAGCGGCAGAGCACCACAAAAAUCGCUCCCUGCGAAAACCAUGCAUUUGAAGGAUGACGGCGGGAGAAAAAGGGAUGACAUUGCCACAGGGGAAGUAGCCGCAAAGAAUGACGCCACAAAGAAUGACGCCGCAACGAAUGAAGGCGGAACGUCGAAGCGAGGACCUCCCCCGGAAAACCCAAAUGACCAAAUGAUGGAGAGCAAUGAUGACCCAGAUAGUUGCAGUGUAUAUGACGACACGGUUGAAAAAAAUAUAAAUUUUUCGGAGAGCAUAAUUGCUAAUCUGAAUGAUAAUAUUUUCGAGCAGAACGAUGCCUUUAGUAGGGAGAAGCGAAGAGGAAACCUUUUCAUGGUGAAGGAAGAAAUGGCGAAUGGAAAGCAGUUAGAUGUUCACCCCGGGGGGGGGAAAACUAGUAGUGCUUCUUCCACGUCUGUCCAUGUGGAGGGUGGACCUUCACUACAAAGGACAGAAGAAAUGUCACAUACUGGAUGGAAGACCCCGCACAACAAAGGGUGUUCUGAAUCCACAAACUGGGGAACGUUGUCCAAGCAGGAGGUCGCAGAGGAAGGAGUAAUAACCCCCCAGAUGGAACAGCCAAGGGAAAACAACACAACAACGGAGGGAAACGAAAAAGAAAAGUUUGUCUCCCCAAUUAAGGGGAAGAAAACAAGUUGGAGCAAAGAAAAGCCACCAGAAGGGGUCGCAGAAAAGGUCGCAGAAAAGCCAGCAGAGAAUGCACAUGACGAAUACAACCAUAACGUCAUAUAUCACGAAUUGUACGUGGAACUGUUACAGGUAAAUAAAAGUCUACAAAAUGAAAUAAAAAAUCUGAAAAAAGUUAUCGAGAUGCAGAAGCUUUUGAUAAAAAGUAGGGAAGACCUAUUCGUUAGUAGUCAUACGAAUGAGAAGAGCAAAAUGAGUGGUAAAAAAUUUGUAAACAAUAAUUAUUUUUUAAAUUUUUUUAAUAAAAAAAAAAAAAAAAGUAAAGAGGGUUUUCCCGAUGUGCCGACUGGGUCAGGGGUACAGAGAGCGUCCAUAGCCACGUCGUCCUAUGCGAGCAUCACAAACACAAACAAUGAGGAGAUGGAGGAGGACGAAAGGGGUAGUGGUGGUGGUGGGUACUGGACUAAGGGGGAGAAAGGACCAAGUCAUUGGAAGAACUACUAUCAGGCGCAUAAGAAUGGACCCCCCCAAUGGAAGCGCUUGGACAAUAACAGUGACGACGUUGGAUACUCAUCAGUGGAGAUGAACACGUUGGAUAAUAAGGAGGACACACACGAUCAUAAGAAUGAGUAUGUGCAGUUGCCGCUGAGUGAGAAUGAGGGGUCUGUCCCGUCGGACAACGCCAGCGGUGGUGCCAGUUGUGACGACAACCACAGUGACAACGAUAGGCGUAUCCCUGCGUGCGCUACCAAACAGGGGAGCUACUUAAAGAAGGGUAACUACGAUAAUUUGCGUGGGAGAAGCUACGAGGGCGGUUACCAGGGGGGAAAGAAAGUAGACACAGAAGCAAAUCUCAACGAAAUGCCAGUCAAUUUGGAAGAAAUAACCGCCGUGACGUUGUGGUAUGAAGAAAUCCUACCCCUGGUGAACAACGAAAAAAAAAAAAAAACUCUAAUCGAUCGUAUGAUAACCAACUACAUGCCCAUUGUUAUCAAAACGUAUUUUUGGGAAAUUAAUAUAAUUAACAAGCUAAACUUAACAGAUUACUUUGUUCAAAUUUUGAUAAAAAACACCAACUUUAUCCAGUCGUAUGUUUAUACGAAUAAUAAGCAGUACCAUAACCACGUGAGUAGAUACUUUAAGUCGUUAGUUACCUUUCGAAAUGGCAACCUUGGCGGGGUGCCGUCGGAUGGAAUUGCAAUGUGUGACAAUGCCGGGGGGGAGAAGGGAAAAAACAUCACACAGGAGAAGCCACAAGGGGAAAUGUCUCAGGAGGAAAAACCGAAUGAAGGAGAAACGACCCAGCGGAAGGAUGAGGAUAACUGCACGGCCAGGCUGAACCUCCUGCAGCGCUUCUCCUUUCAUAAAUUCUUCUACCAAAUUUUGAUAGACCUGGACAGAACCUUAUACAUAAUAAAGAAGAAUCAGGAAUAUUUCAGAAAGUACGGCGUAAGUACGGAAACGUUUCUGUUGACACUGGACAUGGCCGAAACGAAGGCGAAGCUGAACACGCUGCUGCAGAUGUACGUUGUGUUUAAGCCUGAGUUGGGGUACGUGCAGGGGAUGUCUUACAUUGCCCUGGUGUUCCUCCUAUACUGUAACUUGGAGAAGGCCUUCGUGCACUUUGCUAACUUUAUGGAACGAAAGGACAUUUACAACCUCUACAGCUUCAACAACAACGAAAUAAAAGUCUACACCUACAUCAUCAAGGAAAUAUUAACCAAGCAAAACGUGGAAAUCUACAAGGAGAUUUCCAAGCAGUAUAAUAUCGAUAACAUUUUCAUUCAGUGGAUCUAUACCAUUUUUUUAACGUGUCUUCCCUUUCACAUUUUCAUUCGCCUAUUCGACAUAUACCUUUUUAAUGAAAAAAUAAUUUACGAGACCAUCCUGUGCAUCUUCGCCUACUUCAACAAAUUUCACCACGUGGAAAAUGUGGACGUCGUCGUGAAGAACUUGUCGGCCUUUUCGUUCAACACGCAUAUCCAGGAGGACAAAUUCUGGUCCCUGUUGAAGAAGUGCAAAAUAAAAAAAAGGAAAAUUCUUUACUACCGGGAGAAGUACUUCAAAGGACACAGAGACAUUUUAAACGAAAAGUAA